AUGAGCUCCGUGAGAGCGGCGACUACGGCUAAGCCUAGCCGGGAUGAAGGUUACAAAAUGAUUCUGCCAACGAUUCCAUCAGGUACUGUAGCGUUAAAUACCGUUUUUCUACAUGCUGAUCCAACUGGGAGGCCAUACAACAUUGGCCAUUUUAGUGACGCUUUGAAGGACAAAGUUGUUCGGAGCGAGGUCACAUCGGUCGGUCCGUUUCUGUUCAACCACCUUUGGGCCCUGACCUUUAAUAGCGUGAGUGCAAAGGAUAAGUUUCUUAGCCUCAGCGAACUAGCGGUGAAAGAGAAACGAUGUGUGCUCAUUGAUCGGCAUAAGAAAGAGCUUCAUAUCAAAAUGCAUUGGCUCCCUCAACAUGUACCUGACGAGGCAAUCGAAGCAGCGCUUGAAAGAUACGGCGCUGUGACAAACAUUGUCAGAGAAAAGUGGAAGGACUCAUUCUUUGAAGGAGCUGAGUCGACGACUCGGCAAGCGGUAAUUACACUGAAAAAUGGUGUAACUGCGGACAGCUUGCCGCACCAGAUGUAUGUGUGCGGUUGUCAAGUUCUUGUGGCAAUACCAGGGCGACCGCCAUUGUGCCUGCGGUGUAAAGGCGUGGGGCACAUUAGGAAGCAAUGUCACACCCCUUGGUGCAAAACGUGUCGCCGUUUUGGACACGAGGAAGAUGAGUGCGUUGUGACAUACGCGUCAAGGGUUCGUCAACAACAUGGAAGCCAGGACAGUCAGCACAACAUGGAAUGCGACGACGAUGCUGAUGGAGCUGCACCCGUUGCCGCUCCUGUUCCUUCGUCUGCUGCUGCACCUGCUGCGGCGACAGUAGCUUCCCAAGCAGGAACGCCCAUUGCACCAGCAAUGGGUGACCCUCAACAAGAAGAGGAGAAAAGCGUUCUCCAGGAGCGUCAAGAUACAGCCUCGUCGAGUUUAGAAGGAUCUGGAAAUGAAGCGACCGAAGAGAUAGAAGAUGAUUUCUGGAUCACACCAAAGAGGAAGAAGGGAAGGAAGUCGGCGCCGGCGACAAUGCCUCCGAAGAUUGUUGAAGUGGACCGCUCUGUUCUUGACGAUAUUGGGUUUUUGUCAGCAUAG